CUGAAAUCGAGACUUGCACAAUUCGCUGAGUGUUUCUGCCCACUCUCAUUCUGCUGCUGCUCCUCUCAGCACAGACCGGCUGCCUUCCCUCCCCAGCCGCACAGUAAGAAAGAGAGCCACCACAUUGCUGGAAACCCACCUCUGAUCCUGUUACAGCCUCACCUUGAAACCACCAGGAUCCUUGCUGUGAACCCUCCUCAUUCAUUCGUUAGCCCCAUCUGCUUCUCCUGAGGAUGAGUGGGGAUCAAGUUCACAACGACUCACAGGUAAGUAAGACAACCCCCCUUUAAACCCUGAGAGUUGACCCCAAACCACAUGGCAGAGCAGAUCUACAGCAAGCCCCCCUCGACCCCCUCCCUUUAUCCCUAAAUCGAGAUGCCUUAGGAAGCCAUAUAGUCUGUUAUGUACUAAUGUUUAACCUGGGGAAAAGGCAAAGACAAUCCUAUAUUCUUAAACCACACAUUAAACCUUUUUCCAAGGAAAAAUAAACCCUCCCUGCCACACGAUCCUCACCUCCCAAGCUUUAAAUAAGCCUGUUCCCAUUCUAAUGUUUAACACACUCGAGAGAAAAAAAAUGUAUCCAGUUUUAUAUAACCUGAAUCACUCCAACUUCCUUUUUACUGGAACCCCCUCUUCGGUAGAUCCUGUAUCCUGCUUUUUAAACUUCAUUUAGAGAGAAACCUCAUCCCCAUAACACUGUGUCCCCUAUUGUAACCCGACUAUUGCAACAUAAUUCCUAGGAAGGUACAGAUACAGUGUAACUACUUGUAAAUAGCAAGUCUUAAACAUUAAAGGAGCUAUUAAAGAUUGGGGGUACUUAAGGACACCCUAUCACUGGGAUAGGGGGGGAUACUCCAUAUACAAGUGCCUUUAUUCCUUUACUCCAAAUUCCAGUAUAUAAUAAUGGUCCUAUUAUAUAGAACAAUGAGUGUAAAUGUAUAUUUGAUUUUUUUUGGGGGGGUUGAUGUUUAAACUCCCCAAACUCUUAUCCAGGCACAUGCCCCCACCAAACUUCUGUCUACUAGGACCCCUAAGGCUGGCUGCAGCUAUAAACAGGGUGUCGUUGCAGCCCCCCUAUUUUAAUAAAGGCCCCUUUUUUGUAAGAUAAGUGUGAUUGUAUUAUUAUUUUUUGUCUUCUGUUUCCUUUCUCUAGAUUGAGGCGGAUUUUCGGGCAAACGGUGAGUGUUUUGGGGUACCCCCUUAACCCAGGGUGGUAGCUGAAGGUCUGGUGUUUAAUUUGGGGUGCCUUUUGUUGGUUUUGAUGGUGACCAGGGCCCUAUUUUUCUCCCCUUUCCUCUCCUCCCCUCCUCCCUCCUCCUCCUCUCUCUCCUUCCUCCUCUAGAAAGGGCAGACAUGGCGUCCAGAGACUAAGUCCCGUCUGCUCGCUCACCGGCCCCUUUGUUCACCUCCAGCCCCUUCAAUCUCCUUUCUCGUGGGCUACAAUCCCCGGCAGACCCCCCAUGUGCAUUAAGACCGAACUGAUCUGCCUCUCCCCGGGGUCUACGGGCUCCUUAGCCCCGGUUUUAGUGCCGCUUUCCCCGCCUGAAAGUCGGCUUUCAGUCGGUGGGGACUUAGUCUCUGCGCCAUUUUCUUUUUCUCUCCGUGUGUCUGUGAGUGAGACUGAGUCUCAGGCUGGGCCUGGGCUGCGGGUCUGACAUGGCUGCUGAUUGAAGCCUGACACCUCUCUUAUCAUGAAAACACAGCCUGACUCCUUCCCUGAAACUAGACAUUUUCAGACAUUUUAUUAAAAAGUGAAUUUGCACACAUUGUUUAGGCCAUAAAAGCCACAAUUGAAGUAGAAACAUAUUUUUUUUUUUUUUUUUUAUUUCUUUCCUAAGUCAGCUGUGUUUUUUUGUUUUGUUUUUUGUUUUUUCAAUUCUGAUAUUGUGACCCUUUUUAAAGAUUGUCACUUUGGGAUUUAUUUAGUAAAACGUUAAUGAUGGUAAAUUUAAAAAAUCAAGUGACAAAAAUAAAUUUUAAACCAAAUCUAGGGGGAAAAAGUGCCCAUGAGAGAGAGAAUAUUCACUAACUUCUCCACAGACCCUUUUUUUGCAGUUUUCGUGUAUCAGAGUUAUUUACUAAAGUGAUAUUUCAUAAUUUAAGGUCAAAGUAGCCAAAUAUAAAUAAAUAAUUAUGCCGUGUUUCCAGUUAAAUUACGUUGGCCUUAAAAUUUAAAUUCACUUUGAAUUCUCACUUUAGUGAAUAAUCUGGUGUAUCUUACUAAUAAAGGUUUUGGUUUGCCACAAAUCUUUAUACAAUGAAAUCCACAUUUAUGUUUCCAGAAGUUUGCACAAGAGCAAAUGACGCUGUCAAUUUUGGACAAUAUCAGACAUGAUUUUAUUACACUCUGUGUAUGUGAUUUAAAAUGAACUAAGAUCUAUGUCAUUUCUCAAAAUGAGUUUAUACCGAUUUGUACUUGGGACUCGUUUAAAAUGUGUGACAUGCCACCACAAUAAUGUAGAAAUUAACUUGUUAAGCUGUUCUUUUGUCUUUCUCUUGGUUUUUCUUUAACUCUUUUGAUUAGUAGUGGCCAAAAAGGUACAUUUAUCAAGACUUUAUGGUACAACUCCCUAGAUGCUUUGAAAAUCUUAUCUUGGUAAAGUAUCAAUGGUGUAGUUUUACAUUUGCGCAAUAAAAGUCCAACAAUAACUACAUCUACCCCAUCAUUAAUUCUUUAUUUUGUAGCAUAUAAGUUGCAGAAGGCAAACAGCAUUGUAAACAGGGCCACAUACUCUCCCAACAGAGUUAAUAAAGACACAGUAUAAAUAUUAGGCAGAGGUCUCAUGGCACUGUCCCAUGGUUAUGAGUCGAACCAACUAUGAACAGUUUUAUACUUACCUGGGUCCCUCAGGCACCCAUGGUCCUUCUGGUCUUCUUGAUAUCGCUAAGGUGAAAUCACAGAAUACCGAAAGGACCGAGCGACCCAGGUAAGUUUCAAACCAUUUAAAGAUGGCUUUAUUUUUUAUUUUAUUUUUUUUUGCCGUAAAAUGGCACCAGACAAUCCCUAGUACCAUAACCUCCACUACAGUCGGUUGUAUUGGUUAUAAUGUUUAAUUUCCCUUUAAAGUAUGUGUUCUGACGUAUAGGUCGUGCAAUAGUACCAUUUAAAUAUUGCUAUAUUUUAAAGCAGCUAGGUCAUUAUUACUAUUUUUGUUUGGCUUAUUUAUUCCCACUAGCCAAAGCAAUCAUCAUUUAAAAAAUAAAUAAAUUUUUCUUUGCCAGGGACAGAAGAACUAUUUUUAUUAAUACAUUUCUUUAUCAAAAUUUGGCUGUAUGGUUCUUUGUGGCCUUCGUACUCUGCCUGGUUUUGAAGUUAUGCCAAAGUAAAGUUACAGUAUUUUACAUUUUUGGCCAUUCUUCCUGUGGGAUAUGUCGCGUAGGAUAAUUGAACUUUAGAUUGGGUCUAUUGUUUAUCUUCACCCAUGGACUUUUUAUGCCCAGUUAUCCUGAGGAAAAGUUGACAAUCUGUAUCUUCAUAAAUUCCUCAUAUAGUCAUACUAGUCAACUAUGGGGUUUUAUUGAGAGUUGAUUUAAAGAGCUAAUGUUUAUUAAGGUUGCUGUGCCACUCGAGGUUUUCUGUUAUUUCUGUAUUUAUUUUACAAAGGUAACAUGUAAACUACAUGGUGACACCCGGCAUGAGAAAGAAAGCAAGGGUCUUCUUGCCUCCAGGGUUUAUUUUUUAGCAAUGCCAUCUUUUUCUCCGCUGACAUGCCGGGUGUCAUGUUUGUGCAGAUCUUCUAAUUGCCCUGGAUAUUUUGAUUUUUCAGACCUGUUCUGUCUCCAUGAGAAACCCUGUUAUGACCACACCACUCUGACAGGGCUGUUUAUUAAAGUGAGAAUUAUCCAGAAUCCAAAGUGAAUUUCAAAUUUAAGGCCAAAUAGCUGAAUUAGAAAAAAUUGGCAAUCCUUUCAGUUUGUCUAUAUUGGUCUAAAAUUUGAAAACCUUUUGAAUUCCAGAGAAUUUUCACUUGAGUGAAGAACCCUGUAAGUCCUCCCGACCUCAGUCCACCAAUCAAGUUGGAUAGCUGAAGCGACCAAUUGAUAUUUCGAUAUAGAAAUCACGAAAUAUAUUCCAUGACUUUAAAUAAUUCCUACCUUUACAACUGUAAAAUUAGAAACCUAAAAAUACUGUCAAAAUCACUCCUAGCCGACUUUAAUAAAGCACCUUAUAAUGCAAAAAAUUAUAAAGUAGUUCUUUCACCAUAAACUUACCAUUUUCCUAUUUUCUCUUUCAGAAUCUGUUCUUUUUUGUAUUUCUGAUCUAGUUCUCUUUAAAACAUAAGGUAGGGACUACUUUGUCUUGAGUAUUUUUCCUACAUUUGACAAAAGGGUGGAGCGUAAGGCAAGUUUCACCAAUUGUUAGCUUGACAAAGGAAGGGUUCCCCCUCACCUCCCCUAUGGAGAAAUAAGAUGUUUUAAACUCUCCGUUCCUCCUAUGCAGCACUGAUCUCUCUGUGGCUGGACUCCACUUCGAUGGCUGAGAUAAUCAAAUAUGAUGAACUCAGCUAAUCCAAUGCUUUACCGUAGGAAAGCUUUGUGAGGCUAUUGCGCAUGUGCGGCAAAACACCUGGCUGUGCCUUAAUCAGAAACUCGAAUCAAUGCAUCUCUAUUGGGAACGUUUAGCACCUCCAUGCAGAGAUGCUAAGUGCCAGUGCUGCAUCAGCACUGGACUAGGAAACGCCUCUAGUGGCUGUCUGAGUCACUGCCAUCAGAGGUGUUCUUGGGCACCAAUUUAAACACAGAGGAAAGGCAGUGUUUUUAAAUUAAAAAUCCUGGAGGGACAGGCUAGAGACACCAGAACCUGAUGAUUCUAACAGUGGUGACUCUAGUGUCCCUAUAAGCUCCACCCUUUUGUCACAGUUGUUAAGUGUAGGAGAAAUACAAGAGCCAGUUGAGCCACUUUGUGACCUCUGGACAUUGUAUACGGUUUAAUGCAUUUUCAUGACGUACAUCUAUUUCUAGCAUAGAGAGAUUGCUUAAAGUUUUUAUUUAAAGCGGUUCUGUCCCCACCCGGCUGAGGGGAGGAAGCCUUUGUGGGGUCCUCAAUACACGUAUAUCAAUAUUGUACUCUCACGCGUGGAAGAGAGAACAGUACUGGCAGGUGAAGCGCUAGGAGCUGAGUAGGAUGCAAUGGAAGAAGAUGACCAUGGUGGUGAGGGACAGGUGCAGGAAAGUACAAAUCGCCUUUCCCCAUGGCCACCACAGUGCAAGUGGCAAAGUCCCCAAUGGGGGUCUUUUUAACAUAUGAAAAGACACCAGAAGGCGACUACAUUAUUAUUAAGAUGUCAUUUUGUUGGCUUUGAGAUACAUCGGAAAUCACUGCACAUAUUUGCACCGGAAAACCUUUGUGAUACCUGUUGUAUAUUUUAAACAACGUCACCUUUCUUGACUUUUUGUGUUCACUGUCGUUCUAGUUGCCCCUCUUGUAGAGUCUAUGGGGGUUCCAAGUCCUCUUGUGAUCAUAAGGGUUUGUCUACUCCACUACAGCCCUAUUCUGAACAGUGUGUCUGGUGGUUUAAUAGAUGAGCACCCAUAAGGGUGUUUGUUGCAUGUAGUGGUUUACAAUAAACUUGUAUAUCCCUGUCCUCUUUCCAGUUUCCUUUGCUUUGAUCCAUAACUACUGUAUGUUUGUUCUAAGUACUAAUUCUAGUGAUGUGGAUAAGACUUUACAAAUCUAUUUAACUGCUUUUUCUUCAGGAAUAAAAAAAUAGCUAUCUCAAAUGAUAUGAUCCGUAUUACACUUAAUGAGCAGUAUUAAAGGAACACUCAAAGUACAAUGUGCGGUAGUGAUUAUAGUACUAUGAGUGACCGGGUUUACCCAUCGGCCAUUGUAAGUUGUCCAACUGUUUUAGAACAGUUUGAGUUUUCACCUGGCAUCCACCAGACGUUGCUCCAUGCCUCCACUACAGUUACAGGAAAUCCGGAACCUCUCAGAGCUAAUCUGGCUGUGUAAGGCUUAGCUCAUUGGCUGAGUGUGAUCACUUGAUUAUCUUCGCUAAUUAGCUAGCACUGCACUUCACUCACAAGAGCCAAUGGAACACUUUCCUGUCACUGUUUCCUAGUGGACACCAAGAAAGAAUCAAACCGUUCUAAAACAGUUUGACAAUUUGAACAUAUGGGUGCAAGGGCAUGGGAAGGACUACAGCACCCUAUAGUGGUUAUGAUUUUUGGAGCUGUCAUUGAAGGGUUCUAUGUGGUUAUUUGAAAGAGAUACUUAUUAACUGAGUUGGGUUCCAAAACUCGAUCAUAAGUCUGUAUGUAGGGGAGCUAGGUUCAAGACUUCUUACUCAGAUGUUAAAGAGAAAUUGUUACUUCUCUGGAAUUUACACAGUUUAAUAAAACAUUGAAAAUCUAUAACUUGUGUUUUCCAAAUUCUUUUUUUAUUUUGAAAUUUAAAAAAAAAAUUAAAAAUUGUCCCUCUCUCUUUUAUUUUUUUAUUUUUUUAUUUUUUUAAAGAACACUAUACUACACUGGCUGUAGUGUCAGAAAUACAAAAAAUGUCACGUUGAAAAGGUGAAUUUUACUCAGAUCACAUUAAAAAGGCCAUUUUACCCGCCUCUUCUCCCACUCCGGUCUUGCGCAGCUGGCUCUGUCCCCAUGGCUGAGAUUAUCAAUGGGGAGUGAUGAUUGGGAGGGUUCAGCGUAGAGACGCUGAACAUAUAGGAGCACCUCUAGUGGCCUUCUUAGUGACUGCCACGAGAGGUGUUACUAUGCAGCAUUGUAAACAUUACCUUUUUUUUUUUUUUUCUCUGGAAGUCGGUAUUUACAUUGAAAAGCCUGCAGGCACUGGCUAUAGACACCAGAACAACUACAUUAAACUAUUUACUAUUAAAGAUUUAGCAAUUUACAUGAUAAACCAGGUCAAACAUUGGAAACAAAGUGUGUAAAACAGAAACGUUGUUUCAUUUCUCCACUUCUCAGUUUUGUUCUCUAUGAUUACUGCCAGAUGCAAAGGACAAAGCGUAUAAUAGUGAUGUGACCGGAAGCUAAGAUGGAGGUGCCGAUUCACAGAAUAAUCUUUUAUUUUUAAAAAAUAUUUCCACACCUCAAGAAUACAUAUUAAAUAAAGUGAUGACUAAUCCUAAAUUGAAAAACCCAUGGACACCUAAUUGCCGUAAUUUAGAUUGGCGAUGGCCAUCCUUGUCAUACCAGAUGCCAUUUCUUGUGAUGCUCAUGCAUUCUUCAAAUUAGCAGAGGGUCGUGUGAAAUGUUGGUUUAAAACAAACAUCUAGGUUAAAAAGUUUUGCUCCCUGCUUUUUGUGAUUCCUGCGGAUGUUGUUGUUGGUAUUUAUAUAGCGCCAACUAAUUCCGCAGCACUUUACAAUAUUUUUAAGGGGAGGGGGGAAUUUUACAAUAAUUGAGACAAUGACACAGGAAUAAUAGGUAGAUGAGGGCCCUGCUCAAACGAGCUUGCAGUCUAGAGGAGGUGGGGUACAAAAACACAACAGAGCAGCAAGGGUGACAGCCACCAAACAAGGUGGAAAAGUAGCACAACUGGAGGUGAGUGGAGUGUGGCUCUUUAGGAGAGCAAGAGACCGAUAUGGAUAAGUAAAGCUAUGUUACUCUGGGAGUCCAUAAGCAUUUCUGAACAGAUGUGUUUUGAUGGACUUCUUAAACAAUUUAAGAGAGUCUGUGAGUAGGCAGGCUGUUCUAAAGGAAAGGAGCCGCCUGCGAGAAGUCCUGCAAGCACGAGUUAGCAGUAAGGGUGUGAGCAGCAAACAGGUUGUUCUGUCCCUAUUGUCACAUGGUCUGUCAUUACGUCUCCAGCUGUUUCUAAACCACAGUUCUAUGAUUCCAUGCCAUCAGUUUGUACGUAAACUUCAAAAGCAGGGCUGUAUAGUGAAAAUUCACUGAAAACUAUCUCGUCCCGUCUGACUUCUGAAUCUUGGUUUGCCCACCUAGACCUUGUUAGUUUGCUUCCCCCUAGUGUCUCCUUCAGUUAAUGCAAUGUAACUUUUUUGGCUAUGCUGUGCUUUCACGAUUGUAUUUAUUUUUUUCUAAUUUAUUUUAUGUUUGAGGUGGGUUUGUGUUAAGUGUGUUUUUUAUUUUAUUUAUUUAUUUAUUUAUUUUGCACAUAUACAAAACUUCUCUGCAGGGCUCCCUCUCUUCAGAGACACUUAACUUGCAAUUCCAUUCGAUAUAGUUUUUAAACCCGUACCAUGCAUUAGGGUGGACUUGAUCACGAUUUAAAUCACUAGUCCAUAAGACUCUAUUUGAAAUCAUGAUAUUUAAAUGUAAAAACUCAUUCUUGGUAGUUAUAAUCUUUAAUAUUUGCAGUAAGAUUACAACUUCAUAUUUAGAAUAAUAACCUGUUUGGUAAAACGGAUAUAUCAGAACUUAUUUUAGUUUAAUACAUUAAUCACUCAUAUUAACUUGCAAUCCAACCUGCUUAUAUAAUAUAGGGUGACUGAUGCCUUCAAGUAGCGUCUUUCUGCAUCUUGGGCUAUUGCCUAAAUGUGUCCCUUUGCGUCUUUUUCACUAUGCAAAGAUUGAGCACGUUUCGUUCCUUUUUAAAAAAAAUUAUUAUUUAUUUUUAAUUUUCACGGUAAUUUUUAACCAAUAGGCAAAAUCACGUGUGUUAAAAUGGACCUGCAAAGUCUUUUCACAUAAGUAGAGCCCAGUAUGUCAGUUGAAAUAAAGCUGCCUUUUGACGCUUGUCUGUUACCUUCCUACAAAAAUACUGAGAAUCACAAACUUGUAGAUUAAAAUAAGCUGUUAAAGGAAACCCUUCAUCCGUUAAAACUACCAUGCCAGACUGUCAUGCAAAAUAAUUCUAUACAAUGAUGAUAAAGGUUACAGUAUAAAAAAUGUGGUUAUGGACCAGAUUUGUACAAGCUGCAGGACACUUACUAUUGUUCUUUGUUAAAAAGAUGUGUGUGGUUUUUUGUUUUUAAAACUAGGUAAAUUUAAUGUGAGGUAUGCGGUCUAAGUUUAUUUUUAAGGAAACUUUAAAAAAAGAAAAAAAAAAUAGCUAAAGGGGGUUGACCUUUUAAGGGGACACAUUUUUGUCAAACUACUUUUCCGCUGUCUGCUAUGUAGAAAUUGUGUCCUCUAGCAAUGUACACAUGCAACACCCAACAAGCUCCAGUUGAUUGCAAAAUCACAUUAAUAAAUUAAGUGCACUCGUUGUCUGCAAACUUUCAGGUUGCUAGAGAAUAGAUUGUGAAGGUGAUAUCUCCAGUAAAUGUAUAGAUUAAAGGAUUAUAUUUGAAGACUAUUUCACGUGUACCUGGCAACUUCCACAGUACUACAGAUUAAACUAAGCUUUAGGCCACAGAUCCUAUAAAGGCCUUAAAUUACUCACAUUUUUUUUGUCCAGUGAUAACUGAGGGGGCAGUGGUGGAUGUCACAAAAAAAGCGUUGUCAUAGAUACCACUGGGGUUUUUUUUUUUGGGUGGGGGGGGAGUUGGUUUAUUAACAUCUUUGGACAACCAUUUAUAAAUGACUUAAUGUGUGUCUUUUAUUUGCCAGACUCUCACAAACACAAGAAAGACAAAGAACAUCGUCACAAGGAACACAAGAAAGACAAAGACAGAGAAAAAACAAAGCACAAUCAUAGGUAGUUUUAUUUUAUUUUUUAUAUAUGUGUGCGUGCAAAACCUACUUAUCCAAAUUACAUUUUAAAAUGAAUAGUUUUCAGUAGCCGAGGGGGCCCUCUUUGCAAAGUCUGCAUUAAGUCCCUCGUCUCUUACAGUGACAAACCUCAAUUUGUACCUUUUUUGUGAACGUGGAUGGAGUUCAUUAAUAGAAGUUUCUACUUAGAAGUACAUGUUCCACCUGAUCUGAGGUGGCUUAGGUUUGGGAUUAUCUUCCUGACCUAGCUUAUUUCUCUACUUCAGAAUGUUGUUGUAUGUUAGUUAGAAGGUUUAAAAAAAAACUCCAGAGAGCAAAGUGUUGGCUACUUUGAGUACUUGCUCUGGUAUUGUUGGUUGAGCCUUUUCUAUUUAGUCAUGCUAUGGUUGUGUUUUAAUCAUAUUUUUGUUUUUAAAUGCUGAUUGUAAAUGCACGAGUUAACACUGAUGAUGGCAUUAAUGGUUUACAAACUUAUUUAUUUCCCACCUGUUUAUCUUCAUUAGUGAACAUCGAGACCCAUCUGAAAAAAAACACAAGGAUAAACACAAAGAUGGGGAGAAACACCGUGAAAAAGACGGGGAAAAACAUAUAGAGAAACAUCGGGAGAAAGAUGGUGACAAGCACCGUGACGAGAAACACAGAGAGAAGGAUGGCGAGAAACACGGGGACAAACAUGUUGAGAAACAUCGGGAGAAAGAUGGUGAGAAGCACCGUGAGGAAAAACAUCGUGAAAAAGAUGGAGAAAAACAUAAAGACAAGCACAAAGAGAAGGAUCGAGAAAAGAGGAGGGAAGAGAAGGUAUAGUGAAGCUUCCAUUCGAUAUAGUUUUUAAACCCGUACCAUGCGUUAGGGUGGACUUGAUCACGAUUUAAAUCACUAGUCAGUAAGACUCUAUUUGAAAUCAUGAUAUUUAAAUAUAAAAACUAAUUCUUGGUAGUUAUAAUCUUUAAUAUUUGCAGUAAGAUUACAACUUCAUAUUUAGAAUAAUAACCUGUUAGGUUGGUAAAACGGAUAUAUCAGAACUUAUUUUAGUUUAAUACAUUAAUCACUCAUAUUUGGGAAAACUACCUCACUGUAACUACUUAAAUUAUUUCAUCUAUGCUUAUUUCUCAAUAUAUUUACUCUGUACAGCCUAAACAGGAAUAUUGGUUUAUUUCAACUCCUUAAUUCUUUUUUAGCAACUGUGUAUAAAAAUGCAGUAACCAUAACAAAUAUAGAUUAUUGCUCAAGCAUGACCAUACCUAAUGGCAGUCUUUAAAAAAAGAUAUGGUGAAAUAAAAACCAUUUACCAACCUGUAGGUCCUGCCUCUUCAAACAUCACUUCUUGUGAUGUUUCAUCUUGGCCACCAGGCCUUGCAUUCAUUUCCCUUUUUUUUUUUCUUUUUCUUUUUUUUUCUUUUCUUUUUUUUUUUUCUUCACACGUGCUUUAUCCAGCGGUAGAGGAACUUCAUUAGUUUAUUCCCAAACUGGGUCUCUUUUACAGCUUGUUGCCAUUUUGCUCCUCAAGAGAGGGAAUAAAGAACUUUAAGCUACAUGCACAAAGAUUCCAAAGUUUUACUGCAUGCAGCUCCCUCCUGACACUUAGAGCCUGGUACACAUGUAUUUCACUCCAAACAAUCUUGGAACAUAGCCCCUAAGGUAUUCAUGUUUGUACAUAGAUUUGCAGAACAACGAAGGGAUUAAUGUCUUUUUGUGAACUUUUGUUUUAUUUUAUACAACGUUUUUAAUUUGAAAAAGUGCAUGUUAUAUCUGGCUGGAUAACUUUCAUUUAAUUAAUUGAAUUAAUUUACCCCAAAGAAAAAUGUUUAAACCAUAAUUUUUUUUAUUUAUUUUUUUUAUAUAAAUUCAUUGGAAAAUUCCACUCCAUCCAAAAUUAAAGCUACUUUAAAAUUUAAAAACUGGCAUUUAACCAGGGUCAUAGCAGGCCAACCCCACCAUAGCAAUAUGAUCCAAGCACUCUUACAUGGGGUACAUUUGAUCUGUACCCCUUCAUAAAUUGUCUACCAGGUCACACCAAGGUAAUAGACCUCAUCUGUCAUACUGAUAUAUUAACUGAGAAAAAAGAGCAUAUAUUAUUAGACUGUUUUGCUUUUCUAACAUAGUUUCUGGUUUUUCAUUUUGUUCUUAUUUUGUUUUUAUUUGGAUUUUGUUUUGCAUACCUCAAAAAUGUCAUGAAACAUGUAUAUCGAUUUUUUUUAUUUUUUUUAUUUAUUUUUUUAAUUAGCUUUUACUCUUCCGCAUUUCAAAUCACUGAAAGUAAAUAUCUUGCGUGUCACUCUACACUGCAUCAUAACAAUAAGAGUUUUUAAAACUAUAUCCUCAAUUUUAAACCACCCUGCUAUAUAUGGUGAUUUCCACUAACAUGCAGAUACAUUUUUUGUUUUUCCCAUUUAGAUGAAAUCUUCAAGUGGCAGUCUUAAAAUAAAGAGAGAAAAUGGCUUUGCUAGGUAAGAAUAAAGGCUUUGAUUUGCCUAUUAAAACAUGUACUUUAAAUGACACUCCAUCUUUUGGGACUCUAACCAAUAUGACAUACAGUGGCUUUUACUGUUUUACUAGUGGUUUAAUCUAUCCACCCAGGAUGUAUGUUGUAGACCUGAUCACGUCAGAACAAAGUGUUCCAUUCAUUAUUUUAUCUAAAUACUAUAGUUAUGAUAUUCAAUCUUUUAGAUAGUGUCUUUAACAUAGUGUCAUUGUACAGAUUGUCUGAUUUACUGAUUUCUUUCUCAGCCCUCCAUGCAUUAAGGAUGAACCUGCUGAUGAAGCAUACACCAUCUCUACAACAGAGAACGAAAAACCAAUUAAGAGAUCCAGGGAUGAUGAUGAGUAAGUACAAGAUAGACCACAAUUUUCUUUGAGAAUUUGUUGACUGUAGCCAUAGGUCUUAAUGGAAACCCAUGUUGAUACCAUUCCUAUUAUCCUACAUAAUGACGCUGAUUCCUCCAAAGGGGCAUCAGAAGGGAAGGGCUCAACCCAAAAGGAAUAUGACCUGGACUCAAAGCAUACUCCUUUUUCGGUUCAGUGCCAAGCCCCCCAGCUUCAGAUGCCCCUUUGGAAAUGACCACAGGAAUGUAUAAAUUGACGAGAUUUUGGAUAGCAGUGUCACAUUAGUAAACAAUUUUAUUUGAUAUAGCACUGAUAUCACCGCUGUUCUUUAAUGUUCCUUUUUUUUUUUUUUUUUUUUCAGUUUAGAUUACAAGCCGAAAAAAGUAAAAACUGAAGAUGUUAAAAAAGCAAAAAAGCGAAAGCAGGAGGAGGUAAGCUGUGUUUAGGUUAUUUUUGAUCUUGAGCUUAAAUAGACAUGCUUACCUGGAGGUUUUUUAAAUUUUAUUUUAAAGUUGAAUGGGAGUAGCUUUGUGCAAGCAUAUUCAUGAUAUUAUAAGCAGACAUAUUCAUGAUAUUCUACCUCCCCUCCCCCUUCUUGACCCCAGAAUGGCAGUCACAUCACUUAUCUGAUCAAGAAGCUGUUACCGCAUCCCAAAUUAAAAAUAAAAAUGAUAUCCCUGAAUAUUCUGUUUUUGCAAGUAUUCAUUCAGUUGCUGUUUAAACAUCUGUAUGGACUCUGAUAAAACAACCUCUUCAGGCAGAGAAUUCCACAUCCUUAUUGUUCUUACUGUAAAAAAAACCCCACAACUUUCCUUUACCAUAGUUAUCUUGCAUGAAGCUUUGAUUUGGUGUUUUGAAGUGUUUGUUUAUUGAACCAUACCUCCUAAAUAUCCAAAUAUAAUUUAUUUUUUUAAUGUGUGUUUUGUCAUCACCGUUAGGAUGUCAAGCCCAAGAGCAAGAAUAAAAGCAAAGUCACAGGCUCACAAGGGGACGGCAAAAAGCGUAAAAUAAAGAAAGAGGAAGAAGAAAAGUGGAAAUGGUAAUUGUAGCCAAGGGUAGAUCUGUUUGGUCAUAUCCAUGUUAGUGGUAAGUGGCUGACCGCUGUUUCUCUUUGUAGGUGGGAGGAAGAGCGCCAUUCUGAUGGUGUAAAAUGGAAGUUCCUAGAACAUAAAGGUCCCUUGUUUGCGCCACCAUAUGAACCUCUCCCAGACAAUGUGAAAUUCUACUAUGAUGGUAAGCAUGGCCUGCCGCUGCUUAUUUGAGACAUAAAAGAACUCUCUGGGCACCAUAACAACUUAAUUGUGUGUUGGGAGUUAUGGUAGGUGAUUAACGUACUUGUUAACUUACCUGUGUUCUGUUAGGAAAUGGUCAAAAAUAGACUUGUGCACAAAUGGCUUUUUUGAGCUGUGCUGAACGAACCAAACGCCUGUCUGUCUAUGCAUGAACAAACCGUUUCGUUCAUGCCUGCCCAACAAAGUGAUUUAUUGCAGCUGAAUGCAAUUUGUGCAGAUGUCUUGUCUACACUUCUGUGUUCAUUAGUUUUCUAUUUCUCCUGCUCCUGUGCAAUGUCCUUGUUGUUCCUGGAGUGUAAUGACACUUGGUAUUUCUUUAAUGAAAAGAGAGCGCAUCAAAUAAAAACAUUUUACACACGUUAAAUAGGUUUGUGCAUUUUUUGUGGUUUAUUUUAGAAUUUUUUUUUUUUCACUGGUGUAAUUGCUAGAGAUGUGACACUUUUUUAUUUUUCUCUUUUUAACCAUAAUCUCUGUGAACUUGUGGUUUAACUACAGGUAAACAAGUCAAGCUCAGUCCAAAUGCAGAGGAAGUGGCCACAUUCUUUGCAAAAAUGUUAGACCAUGAGUACACUACAAAGGAUAUCUUCAGGAAGAAUUUCUUUAAGGACUGGAAGAAGGUUGGUACUUUGUAUGCAUCUCCUAGUAAUCUCUUUUUUUUAUUUUUAUUUUAUUUAUUUAAUUUUUUUCCACUGGUUUCUUAAACGUUAUUUCUACUACUCUCUGCCCGCAUUAGGAAAUGACAGCGGACGAGCGGAAUCUCAUUACCAACCUUAGCAAGUGUGACUUUAAUGAACUGAGCCAGUACUUCAAAGCACAGUCUGAAGCCAGGAAGCAAAUGACCAAGGAGGAAAAGCUGGUAACUCUUCGCAACGUGCCAUCUUGAUGUCCACAAAUCCGUUCUCUUGUUCCGGCAUUGGCUUAUUUAAAUAUUUUUGAAAUAAGCAACAGCAAACUUGUUGUGCUGUAAAUGAUAUACAUUCAUCAGUACUAAAGGGUGUAUAUAUCUGUUCCCAACCUUAACCCCUUAAGGACCAAACUUCUGGAAUAAAAGGGAAUCAUGACAUGUCACACAUGUCAUGUGUCCUUAAGGGGUUAAAGAACCCUGUGCCUUCACCUACCUUUCACCUUUGCCCAGAAGAAGCCCACAACUUUAUCGUUGACAUGCCUUACUUGAGAGAGAUUUUAGAAGCCGGGAGUCAAAUUAAAACUUCUAAACAUAUAUUAUUAAGGCAUUGGUGAGCUCCGGUAUAGCAGGGCUCAAAACCUCUUAUGUGCUCACUAGAAAUUGCCCCCACCGUUCUGUAUAUUUAGAACGGUUUGAUUUCUUAUCUGGGGUCUGCCGUGUCCCACUUCCUACUACCAGUACUAAUGAUAGGGAUCUGCAGGAUGCUAAGUCAUGGUGUCAACUAAUUGCUACAAUGUUCUCAGCCGUACACUGCCGGGCUUGGCUCAUAGGGUUUCUGACUUUAUGUGAAGUGGUGGGGUGGGGUGCCUGACCGACCCAAAGUGAGAAGUCAGAUUAUUCGAAAACAGUCUGACUACUUACAAUGAGUGGGGGGUGGGGGAAGGUGUGUGUGUGUGUAAUGUUUUUAAUUUUGUCUUGAGUAAUUCUUGCACUAAUGCUUGCCUUUCCUAGAACCAAAGUAGAAAAGCUAACCCUACUGUUUUCACGUUCCUUUACCAGAAAAUUAAAGCUGAGAAUGAGCGGAUACUACAGGAGUACGGCUUCUGUAUGAUGGACAACCACAAAGAACGCAUUGCUAACUUUCGCAUUGAACCUCCAGGCCUGUUCAGGGGUAGAGGAGACCAUCCUAAGAUGGGCAAACUAAAGAGGAGGAUAAUGCCUGAGCACAUUAUAAUCAACUGCAGCAAGUAAGAGUCCAUGUUCCAUGACACUACUGUAGUAUUGAGGGAAAUAAUUAACUGUAUCCAGACACCUCUCACUUCUGUGAAAGGAUUCCAGUGAGAAAUGUAUAUAUUGGAUUAUUAUGACCGUCAAAUAUCUCCAUGGACCCAUUCUGUUACUUUUUUCUAGGGACUCAAAAGUCCCUCCUGCUCCGUCUGGGCACAAGUGGAAAGAAGUUCGUCAUGACAAUAAGGUCACGUGGCUGGUGUCUUGGACAGAAAACAUCCAAGGAUCCAUUAAAUAUAUCAUGCUCAACCCAAGUUCCCGCAUUAAGGUAAGUUAAUUGUGUUUAGAUGUACUAAUGACCACUUUUAAUUUGUGUGGUGGAUUGUUUUUGUUUUUCUCGUGACCAUGCUGUCUUCUGUUUUGGAGAAUGGUAUUCCUCUUUUGAUGUGGACAGUAUUGUGUCCAAAGAAUCUCUAAUGCUUGAAAGUUUAUUAAAAUUUAAAUGGAUUCUAGUUCUAAGCCAGUUUUAUGUAUUUAUUUAUUUUUUGCCCUCUGUUAACAGGGUGAAAAGGACUGGCAAAAGUAUGAAACUGCUCGCCGGCUAAAGAAGUGUGUUGACAAAAUCCGGAACACAUACAGGGAAGACUGGAAGUCCAAAGAGAUGAAGGCCAGACAAAGAUCUGUGGCACUUUACUUUAUUGAUAAGGUAAGGACAUUUAAUACUGAAUCAACCUCUGGGGUAAUAGAACACUCUGAAAUGUUACCUCUUUUAUAUUAUCCUACUUCUAAACCAGAUUAUAAACGUGCCCCUACUAUUUAACUCAUUCAUUUGAAGGUGAAGGAAAGCUUUCCUAGUGAGGCUUGUCAGUCUGGUACAUAAAAGCAUGGCCCUUGGCAUUAGACAUAUUUGCUGCCUGCUCACUUGUGACAUUUUAUUUCUAGCUUGCUCUGAGAGCUGGCAAUGAAAAAGAGGAAGGCGAGACUGCAGACACAGUGGGUUGUUGCUCUUUGCGAGUAGAGCACAUAAAUCUUCACCCCGAAAUGGAUGGCCAGGAAUACGUGGUGGAGUUCGAUUUCCCGGGUAAAGAUUCCAUUCGUUACUACAACAAAGUGCCUGUGGAAAAGCGGGUAAGUAAAUCCCUAUUAUUGAUGGGGAUGGGGUGGAUGGUAAUAACUUAUUACGAAUAAAGGUUUGGUUGACUAUCAGUCAAGUGUAGCAUGGGCAAAAUUGACCUGAUCGUUUAAUUUUGGAUUUUAUAUUUUUGUUGUGCAUAAUGGUGAAAACAUACAAGCUCGGGGUGCCCCGACAGCAAUCCUCAAGCAUAUUGUCUUGCAUAUCAGUAGGAUCUUUAGAAAAAAACAGGCACAUUCUGAUCAUUAAUUUUUAUUUAGGCAGACACGGUUUCUUGAUUAUUCUUCUUUUGCCAUGACCCUUUGAUGAGGAUCUUCAGUUUUAUGACUCAUCCAAACUCAAGAUCUAUUGAGUCUAGUGUGGAGCAGAUAGGGCCCCAAUACAGUUGUCCUUUACUCUCGUCUGGUUUAGGAAUUGCAUUCAAGGCACCCGAGUAUUUAAAACAAACUUGUGCUCUAGUGUUUCAUGCCUAGAAGUCCGCUGCACAUUUUUUUUAUUUUAUUUCUUUUUCUUCCAUUUCUAGGUGUUCAAGAAUCUGCAGCUCUUCAUGGAAAACAAACAGCCUGAUGACGACCUGUUUGACAGACUUAAUGUAUGUCUAUUUUAUGGUUUUGUUUAAUGUAAACAUCACAUACUCGUACAAAGCUACAAACUUUCCACUUUUCCUCUGAUGCCAAAUUUAUUGACAUCCUGUCUGACACCUUUCACCUGCUUUCUUAGUGGGUGAAGAGAAGGGAAAAACUCCACCUUUGUAACUCCACCUUUCUUCAAAGAACACUGACAUAUCCAGGGCCGUCUUUAAUUUAGAGUUCUAAGCCCUGGGCGAGCAUUUACUUGGGCCCCCUGACUACGUCUAGAUACACACAAAUACACUACCUGACACACAUGCAGAUACACACUGACCACAUAUAGAUACACACAAGAACAUACAGAUACACACAGACUACAUAUAGAUACACUGGCACACACAUAGACACACACACACACAGAUACAAACACUGACAUACAUGCAGAUACAAAGGUACACACACUGACUACUUAUAGAUACACCGACACACACACUGACAGACAGACACACAGAUACACAACCUGACACACAUGCAGAUAUACAGAUACAAACACUGACACAUACAGAUACAAAUGGACAACAUACAGAUACAGAGACACAUUCUGACAGACGUACUGACACAGACUCACACACAGAAAACCAUACUGAAACACACAUACACAAAGACAUACUGAACCACACAGACACUGAUGGACUCUCACACACACAGACAUACAGAUACACUGACAGACAUACUGGCACAUAAACACACAGACGGACAUACUGAAACACACACACACACACACACACACACACAGACAUUGACAGACAUAUUAACAAACACAGACAUACAGAACCACACUGACAGACUCACACAUAGACAUACUGACAGACAUACAGACAGACUGAAACACACAUAGACACAGACACUGACAGAUAUACAGACAUUUUGAAACUCACAGACACUGACAGACUCACAGACACAGACAUACUGGCAGACUGACACACACUACACAGACACUGACAGACUCACAGACACACUGAGAGACACAGACACUGACAGACUCACAGGCACACAGACAGACAUGCUGAAACACACAUACACACAGACAAACACACAUCCAGACAUUUUGACAUACACAGACAGCCAUACUGAAACACACAUACACACUGAACUACACAGACACUGACAGACUCACACACAGACACACUGAGACAGACACAUGCUGAAACACACACACACACACACUGACAGACAAACACACAUCCAGACAUUUUGACAUACACAGACAGCCAUACUGAAACACACAUACACACUGAACUACACAGACACUGACAGACUCACACACAGACAUACUGACACACUGACAGACAUACACACAUACAGACAUACUGAACCACACAGACACUGACAGACUCUCUCACACACAGACAUACAGAUACUGACAGACUUGCACUCAUGCAAAAUUUGAUAACCACCCUCCAGUUUCUUACCUUUUCCUGGAGGGUGGCUUCCCUGGGGUCCGCUGGGGUGGCUGGGAGUUAAGCUCCCGGCCUGGCCCCCUCCGGAACAGCUGGUCCUCCCGCGCGGCUCCUGUUUCUGUGGGAGGAAGUGACGCACGGCUGUCACUUCCUCCCAGUGCUGCCGAAAAGCAAGGGCCCGGUCGCGCUGUUAAAGUGCCACAGGGCCCGACCGGGCCCCUGCUGACACAGGCCCACCGGGUGGCCCUAAGUGCAUGGGCCACUCGAUGGGCCCCCAUAGUUUGCGGGCAGAGGGCAAACAGGGUAGUUACCUCGGGCCCCCCAGCAGGGACAGGGCCCGGGGCAGCUGCCCCGUUUGCCCCGCGUUAAAGACGGCCCUGGACAUAUCCCAUGAGUGAAUUCUAAGAUUAUUUGUCUUGCAGCAUCGAUCUACAGACAUAGGCAUGGUGCAUAUGUCAAUUUGUGCACAGUCACCUUAUAACCCAGUAAAUUUAAAAACCAGCCUUUUGGUUGGUUUAGUGUAAGAAGAGAUCCCUUUCGAUGAUAGUGGCCAAUGGGAUCCUUCUAAAUGUGACCUCUGGAUCCAUAAGUCUAUUGCUUCGUAUAGAUCCUUUUAUUGUUAAAAUAUCCAUCUAGUUUCUCCUUUUCAUUACUAUUACAAAUUGAUUCUAAAUUCUGUCUGUGUUUAAUGAUGCUUAUUAUGUAGGUUUGUUGUUUUGUUUUUUUGUGUGCAGGGGGAGGGGUUUACCAGCUAUUAAAUAGUUUCCCUUCUCUCUCAGACUUCUAUUUUGAACAAACACCUUCAGGAUUUGAUGGAAGGAUUAACAGCAAAGGUGUUCAGAACAUACAACGCCUCCAUUACCCUGCAACAACAACUUAAUGAACUAACAAACGGUAAGUCCAUGAUCAACUGAAAUGUGCUAAUGAUGGGGCAAUUGUCAUUAAAUUAUGGCUGUAUGACUGGUCUAAAGGAGCUUUACUCCAGAGAACAAAUGGCUAACUCAUCAGUUGUCUAGCUAUGCUGUGUAUCUGCAACUAUUGACAGGAUAUUACUGAAACCCUUAUUGGUGGUUGUCCUGCUUCUGAAGGGAUCCCUUAAAAGGGAUCUGCUAUUUUUGUGCUAUUUUGUAGUUUUAACAAGUCUACAGUACUAUCACCUUAUAUUUGGAUAACAGAAGAAUGUUACGAAACGUCAUGCUUUCAUGCAAAAUGUUAUAAUGGAAGAAUGUUUGGUCAACCAAACCAAAGCUCUAGGUCACCAGUUUGAGCAAAGUUCGUGCUAGAUUGGCCCACAUAGGUAGCUAUGGUUUGGGGUGGAGGUAAAGCAAUACAUUGCUAGAAAUUCAUUUUAAUUCAGAUCCUGCUUUGAGAAAACUUGUGAUAGUGGGUGUCACUUUAAUCUUCUUGUGCAACAUGUGGAGAUCACAACGAGCAGACAGGUAACAGGAUUUUCCAGAGUCUUGCUUUGUAAUGCAUUUCUUUAACUCCCACCACAGGUUUAUACUAAUCAGAGAAGAAACAUUGUGUACAGAGCAAAUAUUUUGAUCAAUCUGUAUGUCUCCACAGGUGAUGAUAAUGUCCCUGCCAAAAUCUUAUCUUACAAUCGUGCCAACAGAGCAGUAGCCAUCCUGUGUAACCAUCAGCGUGCACCCCCCAAAACAUUUGAAAAAUCUAUGAUGAACCUACAGACAAAGGUGGGUACCGGUGUAGAUCUGGGUGAAGUGUGGGGGGGGAGACAAGGGUUUUUUAAUUUACUGGGUUAUAAGGUGAAUGUGCACAAAUUGACAUAUGCACCAUGCCUAUCUCUGUAGAUCGAUGCCAAGAAAGAUCAACUGGCUGAUGCCCGACGAGAACUAAAGAGUGCCAAAGCAGAUGCCAAAGUGAGGAGAGAUGAAAAGACUAAAAAGUAAGUUAAUGGUGGUUUUCCCUUCUAUUUUGUGUUUACUUUUAGAUACGGACUAGAUUCUUAGAUCCCAGUUUUUCAGUUUCUAGCACUUUGGUUAAUGCCUGCAGAGAAUGAGCCAUCUUCCAUGGAAAAAUGUAUUUGUGCUUACUGUUGAUACAGUCACGGCUGCCACCAGAAAUUUUGGGGCCCUUGACAAAGCACAAAGUCUGGGCCUGCCCACAGGACUCCUACCUAGUCCGCUGCAAAAGAUGCAGGACUAAAUGUGGUGUGUAUAGUGGAAGUGAAUUAGUGUGUGUAUGUGUAUGUAUGUAUGUAUGUAUGUGUGUAUAUAUAUAUAUAUAUAUAUAUAUAUAUAUAUAUAUAUAUAUAUAUGUAUAUGUAUAUGUAUAUGUAUAUGUGUGUGUGUAUAUAUAUAUAUAUAUAUUACGCACGCAGCCACGGGCCCCCGGCUCUGUGUACAUGCAGAGGGGGCCCAGCGGACUGCAAGUGUACUUACAAGCUCUUCCCUCUCUGUAACUCCCGCGAGACCCGCGGCUGUCAGAGCGUUGCCAUGGUUACCAUGGCAACGCUCCGCGGGGCACGCACACAUGCCAUGCUCGCCGGAGUUACAGAGAGGGAAGAGCUUGAUAGAUAGAUAUAUAUGGAGAGAGAGAUAUAUAUAUAUAUAUAUAUAUAUAUAUCUCUCUCUCUCUCUCUCUCUCUCUCUCUCUCUCUCUAUUUCUCGAUCAUCGCUAUAUAUAUGUGCAGAGAGGCAAUGUGUGGCCCACGACUGCCAGAUCAGUCCGGGUUCCCCAGGACCGCCAUGCUGGUGACCACCAUUAUGGUUGUCACCCCCUGAUGGCGGCCGUGGAUACAGUCACUGAUCUUUUUCCCUCCCCUCCUUCAUUCUGUCUUAAUGUAGGGCACUCGAGAGCAAGAAAAAAGCUGUACAAAGGAUAGAAGAGCAGUUGAUGAAGCUGGAGGUUCAGGCCACUGACAAAGAAGAGAACAAACAGAUAGCCCUUGGAACCUCCAAAUUGAACUACUUGGAUCCACGAAUCUCUGUAGCUUGGUGAGUUUCUCUCAAAAUGGGUCCUGUCAAGUUCAAUUAAAAUAUCAAUAUCCUCUUGUUUUUUGGUCCUGUGAAAUAAUGGUGGACAACAUUUUUUAAUUUUUUUUUUAAUUUAAUUUUAAUAUUUUAAUUCUGUUUGUUUACCCUACCUCAAGCAAAGUCUUAUUGUCCCCCUUGUUGAAUUAUCUCCUGAUGAUGAGCUUGGAUUAUUUAUAAAUCUUUUUUUAUUCUCUCUGCUCAUACUGACUUAUUGUUGUGUGUUGUCCGCAGGUGUAAGAAGUUUGAUGUCCCCAUUGAAAAGAUUUAUAACAAAACUCAGAGGGAAAAAUUUGCGUGGGCUAUUGAUAUGGCAGAAGAAGACUUUCAAUUUUAAUGCAUGUUUGGGAGAAUGAGAAUGUGGUGUAAAACCUUAAGAUUAAUUUUAUUUGAAGCCUGGAUGUUGCCUCAAAACAUGAGUUUUUGUUUUUAUUUUUUGUUUUUUAGAACGCUGUGAGCCUUACAACUUAUUAACUGUUAUAUUAAUUUUUGUAAUUUCUUAUGGUGGGAAGGGGAUAUGCAGCAGAUUAAGGGGAGAAAGACGCAUAUGAAAAUGGCAAAGAAGAUAACUAUUUAAAUCCACAGGAGGAAUUUGGGGUAAAAUUGAAAAAUUGUCCCCAUUGCUGCCUUUUUAGUAUUGUCCUAUGGACAAGGACUAUAUACAUAUGUACAAAAUGGGAAACCGGAAAUUGACUGCAUUGUUUUUAUGUGUUUUGAGACAGGAGGUUUUCACCAGGCAAAAAAAAUCACAAAAAAAAAUUGUAUAGAGAUUUAAAAGAGAGAAAAAACCCUGUUUUUAAUUUUUUCUUAUUUUUUUUUUCAUUUUUUUUUUUUUUUGCAAUAAUGUCUAUUUUAUUAGAAAAAAAAAUAAGUUGUACCCUUCCUCUUUCAUCUGGACAUAUCCCCUUUCCCCAAAUUACUUUAAAUGUUUUGAUUUUUUUUUUUUCUGCAACAUUUUGUGUUAUUCUGGCAGCUUGAGGGGUUAAGUAAUUUAAUUCCUUUUACAACCCACUAAACGUGAAGCAUAGAUUCUGACCAAAUCACCAUGUUUUGGUUUUCGAGACUUAAACAGGCACAUUAAUGAAAACAAAUGUGAGUUUGCUUUUGAGUUUCAAGAGGUGGGGGAGGAAGUCGAAUAUUUUAUUUAGAAAUGUGAAUUUUUUUUUUUUUUUCUUAUUUUUUUUUUAAUAUUAUUUAAUCUUUCUUGUUAGCAUAAAGCAGAAACUAUUUUAAAAUUGUAGGAACAUUACAUUUGCAGGUCUAAAUGUCUUUUUACACCGCCCAAACUUUGAUUAAAUUGCUUUUCAUAUCUGGGAGGCUAGAUCCUGUAAGUGCAAUGGAGACCAAAAUAGCGAAAAUAUUUUACCAAAAAAAAAAAAAGCAAAAAAUUAAAAAAACUUUAUUUAUCUUGAAACCUCAGUGCUCCUACCAGUGGGUUUGUGGGGUUUUUUUUUGUUUUUUUAAUCUCACAGAAAUUGUUCCUUUUUGAGUUCCAAAAAACCAACUACAUUCAGGGAAAUUUUUUUGCAUUUUAAGAGAUUUGGAACUUUUUGGUGAGUUGCAGUGCUACCCCUUUGGGGCCAAAGGAGGCUGUACUGGCUGCAAUGGGCUUUAGCACUUUUUAAAUACUAGAAAAUAAAUUUUAAUCUGGGAUACCAUCAAUUUUAUAAGCGAGCACUACAAAAAAAAAUGAAAUAUUAGAUUGCUUUUCUUUUUAAUUCAUCGCAUUUAGUGUAUUUAAAAAUUGAGUUUGGGGGGAAAAAUAUUAUAAAGAACUUUUAAUGUGAAUUUUUGCCUAGAAUCCUCAUUCAUCUACUAUGUACAAAAAUACACUGAGAACACCAUAACAGUCUUUUAUGUGGACUUGUUUUAAUUUCUCUGUUAUCUUCUAUUUUUACCAUGAAUCUGCCAUUACUGGAGUGUAGGUUAUUUAAAAUAAAGUCCUACAACUUGCA